AACAGUUUGACAGGAUCUGACGGUUUUUAUCGGGACACAUAGCACAUCCAGCUCGCACUUGAAGAAAUGACCGAACCAGCAGGAGGAAGCAGUGGAAAAGGUUCUUCUUCUUCUGUAAUCACUGAGAAAAACAAACCAACUGAGACUGAAGUGGAUCCAGUGGAUGAAGGGCCAUCACGUGUUCCAGGCCCAAGCUGCAGUAACAAAGAAAGCCAAAUAAAAACAGAACUUUCACGGCUGGAAAUGUAUAUUCCUCAUGACCCAGGCAAACUUAGGAAUCGCCUGGAGGAAUGUUCACUUGACUGGACUCCGGUCACUGAAGUCUGGCCCAACAUCUAUAUAGGAAAUGAAGAGACAGCAUUGGACCGAGCCAUGCUGAAGACGAUGGGUAUUACCCACAUACUGAAAGCUGCAGCAACUGAAGAAGAUCUACAUGGAAACAUUACUCCAAGGGAUGAACAUUACCAAGGCAUGGACAUGACUUACUAUUAUGUACCUGCUCUGGAUGAAGACAUGUUUGAUAUCAGCGAAUACUUUUUCCCAGCUGCAGAAUUCAUCAACAAGGCCCUGAGUAACCCGGAGAAUAAGGUGUUAAUCCACUGCUUUCAAGGUGUCAGCCGCUCUGCAACACUUUUUUUGGCAUAUCUGAUGAUCCAACAUGACAUAAUGGUGGAGAACGCCAUUGAUCAUGUCACAGGUGUGCGAUGGAUCAGACCCAACAUGGGCUUCUUGAAGCAGCUGACAGCUCUCAAUUUAACCCUCGUAGAGAAGCGAAAACUACAGCUGAGAGAGCAGUUGAAAAAAGACAAUGAAGACACAGAGAAGCCUGUUCCAGAGCUUCAAGAGUCUAAAAAGCAUAUUGAUGAAACCGUGAUCCAUCUGAAGCAUUGUCUCCAGAAAUGCACACUGGACCAGAGGCCUGUCACUGAGGUUUGGCCCAAUGUCGUCAUAGGAGAUGAACAUACAGCAAUGGACCGAGCCAAACUAAAGCAAAUGGGCAUUACACACAUCCUAAAUGCUGCAGCUGUAAAGAACAAUUUGAUGGCAUCUUUAGGAAUGCCACGCAAGGAAGAUCUGCUACGUAAGGUCAAAACUGGGGCGAAAUAUUACAAAGGCAUGAACAUCACAUACUACGGUGUACCUGUAGUAGAUGACCACUGCUUUGACAUCAGCAAGUACUUUUACCCUUCUGCAGCAUUCAUCCACCAGGCCCUCAGUAACCCUGAAAAUAAGGUGUUGGUGCACUGCACGGAUGGAGUAAGUCGAUCUCCCACACUAUUUCUGGCGUAUCUGAUGAUCCACUAUAAAAUGCCGGUGGAAUAUGCUAUUGACCGUGUUUUAAAAGUGAGAUGCAUCUGGCCCAACUUGGGCUUCUUGAAACAGCUGGCAGUUCUCAAUUCAAAGCUUGCAUGUCACAAUAAUCUUUUCAGACAGACAUAACCAUAAAAAGCACAGACAAAUAAAGCACAUGAGUAAAAUUAAAAUAAUGUGUUUGAAAUUAU